AUGCAAGUACUGGAAGAAACUUGGAAAUUGUACUUUAAUGGAGCUUCAAACCAAAUUGACUAUGGGAUAGGGGUCCUUCUUAUUGCCUCUAAUAAGUCUCAUGUGCCAUUGGCUUUCAGGCUUCGUUUUGAAGUAUCCAACAAUCAGGCAGAAUACAAGCCUUGCAUUGCUGGGUUUGAAGCAGCCCUUGAGGUAGCGGCAAGGCGGUUUGAGAACAUCACAUUCACCCACAUGUUGAGGAAAAACAACAGGUUUGUUGAUGCCUUGGCUACUCUAGCUUAUGUGGUUGAUAACCUAGAAAGCAUCAAAAUGAAACCAAUCAUCAUAGAGAAAAAAUACAUGUCAGCCUACGAGUUGAUUGCUAUAAUAGAAGAAGUCCAAGAUAGACAUCCAUGGUACUAUGACAUCUGGAAUUUCAUAGAGAAUAAAGAUUAUUCGCAUGGAGCAACAGAGAAACACAGAAGAGCUAUCCGCUAUUUAGCUACCCAAUACAUUCCGUGUGGAGGAAGGCUAUAUAAAAGGGGUCAUCUGGGGAUGCCCAAAAGCUAUGUGUAG